AUGUCUCUUCCACUUGGAUCAUCUGGACAGGAUGUCCUCCCAACGGCAAUGGUCAACAUCUUCAAUAACGCCAAACGACCACUCCAAUGUCGAGCACUUAUCGACACUGCGUCGACAAAGAACUUCAUUACGGAAGAGUUUGCAGACAAAUUAGGGAUCAAUAAGCUCAGUUGCUCAAUCCCAAUUGGAGCCUUGAAUGAAUUAUCAACUGUGGUACAUCGUAAAAUCCACACAACGAUUGCAUCUCGUCUCAACGGCUUCAAACGAGAAUUGAGCUUCCUCAUAAUACCAAGGAUUUCUGGUCUACUUCCCACCGAGCAAGUGGACAGAGAAGUCAUGGAGAUACCUCCAAACUUACCACUUGCGGAUCCAGAGUUUCACAAACCUGCACCAGUUCACCUGCUACUAGGCUCCAGCACCUCAAUCGCCGCGCUCAGCAUUGGGCAGAUUAAGCUUCCCAAGGCAUCAGAUAUUUAUCUUCAGAAGACUCAACUAGGAUGGAUCAUCUGCGGCAACGUCAACGAUGAUAUCGACACUUCAAUGGCUAGAUGUCAUUUCACCGAUAUCAUCAAGGAGUUCAAGAAAUUCUGGGAGAUUGAGGACAUCGGCAUCAAGGCAAGCCAUCAAUCCGAAAUCGAGCAGGUAUGUGAACAACAUUUUCAAAAGCAUGUUUCGCGUACUCCAGAAGGUCGUUAUGUGGUGGCCCUCCCGUUCAACCAGAGGAAAGAACUACUCGGCACAUCCUACCUUCAAGCCAAACGCAGACUCCUCGCACUGGAACGAAAAUUCCAGUGGGAUCCAACCCUCAUGGCUGACUAUACUGCUGUUAUCGACGAAUACAAGCAACUCGGUCACAUGAGAAAAAUCGACACGGAAGUGGAAGAGGGCUUUUACCUUCCACACCACGCGGUCUUCAAGGAGACCAGCCUCACCACUAAGACUCGCGUCGUCUUUGAUGGCUCAGCACGAUCCAGCACUGGCAUCUCCCUGAAUGAUGCACUCAUGGUCGGGCCGACCAUACAAGACGACAUCCUGUCCCUCGUCCUCCGCUUCAGAACUCAUAACUUCAUCCUGACCGGUGACAUCGAAAAGAUGUAUCGUCAAGUUCUUGUGAGACCUGAAGAUACAAAAUUUCAACGCAUUCUCUGGCGGGAGCACGAACAAAUUCAAACAUACGAGUUGCAAACAGUGACGUUUGGACUCGCCCCAGCUCCUUAUCUCGCAGUCAGAUGUCUGCAUCAACUCGCUGAUUAA